CCCACUUGACAUUUGAUUGGAUACAUCUACCUCUUCGUAAACGUGGCACACAUGAAUGUGGCAUCGAGACAACCGAGUGCAUUUGACAUUUUGAAUCAAAGCUGUCUCCGCAGUCAAGUCACGAAUUAUGUACCUAUUCAUUGUCACAACAAAAUCAAUCAUGGCAACAUAGGUAAAUAAGGCCCUGGUACGAAGGCCUUCAAGUAUAACUUCAAGUCAAAACCAUCAAGACAAGCCAGGUCUGCUCUAAGACAUCAAAUCAUACGCCAUGAUGGAGUUCAUUGCUAAUUUGUUCAAGUCUCUCUUAAACCACCUCCCCGCUAAGGUUCAAACCGACCACGAUGUUAUUUGGCCGACACGGCUCGAGUCAUUCGCUCUCCGUCAAGUCCAGGGCGGAAGUCUCAUCUUUUUGAACGGGACACACCUACCACGCCAUCUAGAGAUUGAUGGACGAGAACCUCAAGCAAUUGUGUUCAGACAACCACUCCCGUCUGACCAUGAAGAGGCUUUGCUUGGCAUGAACCUUAGGAAAGUCAACCCAGCUGUCGACGUUCUAAAUGACGGGCCUUGUAGCGGGAUUGUGAGAGUGCUUGCGACUUUCAUAGACUGUUUUGGACAGCACUGGCUCGGCAAUGGAUCAGGAGUGGUCAUUGACAGUGAACAUGUCAUGACUGUUGGUCAUACUAUCUGGCAUCGGGAAUACGGGCUUGCCGUGUCAAUUACCAUUUGUCGGGAUAGUCGUGCCGGCCCAGAUAUCUACCAUGUAGAUGCCGGGGCUGUUCAUUUCCAGUGGGCCGAGGCAUCUUCGGCGAAGAAUGACUUCGCCAUUCUUCGUACUUCAAACCGUUUUCAGAGUGGGAUUAAACCCAUGCGCUACACAAGGUCACCAACUGCUCUAGCCACUACCAAUGUCAACGUCUAUGGUUUCUCUACCGACAUGCCCAUGGACCAAAAUGGUUACUGGCAUCCUCAUCUUAGUUACAGCUACGCCACGGUUGAGUGCGUGCCUGAUACCUAUGGCCUACUUGGUCACAAUGGAGAUACAUACCAGGGUGCCUCUGGUGGCCCUGCCGUCGACAAUUCGGGAGUAGUAAUUGCCCUUCAUAGGGGAAGCUACAGCUCAGGUAACGACACGAGUAACAGGGCAGUUGCCGUCAAUCAACUUGGGAAUGAUAUCGAAAAAUUCAAGGAGGCGCUUGCAGUUAUGACCGAGGGGACACCGGUAGGAGUAUCGAGGAUCACGCAGGGUGCUAAGUUCGGGCUCCGUGGCUGGAUUGGGGCUUGUUUUCGUUGGGAGUAAACCGAAGAACAAGCAAUGGGUACUGGGCCAACUAUUGGUCGUAGUUGACGAUGCUUAUGAGAACUAUGAUGCGAAGGGAUAGGAGCACGGGUGUGGAUCGGUUGGGUUUGGGUGAGCGUUCAUGAGGUACCUAGGUACGUAUAAGCAAUUAGGCGCCUAGGUAUGUAUUUAGAGAUACAAAAUAGACUCAGAGCUGCUUACUUGACGUGCAGUAUGUUACUU